UCAAAUGACGUGCCUGGGUCGAGCGAGCCCCACCGCGUUAGCAGCAAGUGGCUAAUGUGAAGCUGAGAGAUAGCAAGGGAAAAAAGCGAAUAUUUAUACGUUGUUUUUUUUUUAAGUUUGGCUUUGGCAACAACAACAUGCCUCCGAAGAAGCCGGCUCCGGCCACGGGGAAUAAAAAAACGCAAGAGAAGAAGAAGGAAAAGAUUAUUGAGGACAAAACAUUUGGCCUGAAGAACAAGAAAGGAGCCAAACAACAGAAGUUCAUCAAGAACGUCACACAGCAAGUCAAAUAUGGACAACAGAACGCCCGACAGGUUGCUCAGGCUGAGGCCGAAAAGACCAAUAAGAAGGUAGACAAGAAGAAAGAGUUGGAUGAGCUCAACGAGCUCUUUAAGCCCGUCGUCAUCGCCCAGAAAGUCAACAAAGGUGUGGACCCCAAGUCGGUGCUGUGCGCCUUCUACAAGCAGGGCCAGUGCACCAAAGGAGACAAGUGCAAGUUCAGCCAUGACAUGUCCAUGGAGAGGAAGUGCGAGAAGAGGAGCGUCUAUGUGGACGAAAGGGACGAAGAGCUGGAGAAAGACACCAUGGACAACUGGGACGAGAAGAAGCUGGAGGAGGUGGUCAACAAGAAGCACGGCGAGGCCGAGAAGAAGAAAGCCAAAACUCAGAUCGUGUGCAAGUUCUUCUUGGACGCCAUCGAGAACAACAAGUACGGCUGGUUCUGGGUCUGCCCAGCAGGGGGCGGCGAGUGCAUGUAUCGGCAUGCCCUGCCGCCAGGCUUUGUGCUGAAGAAGGACAAGAAGAAGGAGGAGGAGAAGGACCAAGAGAUCUCCAUGGAGGAGCUGAUCGAGGGCGAGCGUGCGGCGCUCGGUCCCAGCGUGACCCGCAUCACCCUGGAGACGUUCCUGGCGUGGAAGAAGAGGAAAAGGCAGGAGAAGGUGGACAAAGCCAGGGAGGAGAUGGAGAAGAAGAAGGCCGACUUCAAGGCCGGGAAGUCGCUGGUGGUGAGCGGCCGCGAAGUUUUCGAGUUCCGGCCCGAGCUGGUGGACGACGACGACGACGAGGCCGACGACACUCAAUACGCCGACAAGGAAGAUGAGGACGAUCAGGACAAGAUGGACACCACGCAGGUCCAGGACAUAGACCUGUCCCGCUUCGUUCCCCAAGAAGUGGACCACACGGGAAUCACUGUGGCAGCCAUGGACCGCUUCACCUCCAGGAGUAGAAGUCAGAUGAAGGACCAGGACAACGCAGAACUCAACGGAGCAUGCGGCGGCUCCGAGGCUAACGGGCCGUCGGGGGCCGAGGAGGCCGGAGGAGGGGAAGAUGAGGACGACAAAGACGUCCCAGUGGAUGAGAACUUGUUCACUGGGGAAGAUCUGGAGGAGCUGGACGAGGAGCUCAACACGCUGGCACUGGACGACUGAGCGGGACGCAGAGAUGACGACGACGACAUAAAAAGGACCGACGGACAGAUGGAUGCAUGGACACGUGAAGUUUGAAUUUUAAGUCACAGAGACUCUGUAAUAAAAGCCUGAUCAAAUCGUUACCUCUGCCUGGCUCCGUCCCCCUCCCCCUCCGUUUUCUGUUUCUCUCUUCCCCCUGACGAGUGAAAUCAUCAGGCCGAGGAAAUGCAAUGGCGAAACGAACAGCAGUGAUUCUGUUCUAAGAAAUUCAGUCUGUUCUCAUACCAAAACUCCACAGAAGAUCAUAUACCAUGUAUUUAACCUUCUCUUUUGAUUAAUCUUCAUUAUGUUGGAUACGAAUGAAUUUGUGUUGCUCCAAAGGGAGACCCGGGGGGGGGGGGGGGGGGGGGCGUUCCCCUCACAACAAACAGGCGAGUGAUGCGAUUGUAAAUUAUGUUCACUAAUGUCAUUGAGCAGAAAUAAAAAACAAAAUACUGUGCAUCCAAA